ACAAGAUGGAUUUCCUCCUCAGCAAAGAAGAUCACAUGGUGUUAAGAGGACUAGAGCUCCCGACUCCCACUCCAAUCCAGCACUCACAUCAAUCUGGUGUCGACUCGAGAAGCCCUCCCAACCACGGGACACCACGUGUUCCCUGCGCCGAGAUGAGCGUCUGGCCUCCAUCUAAGCAGGGAGCACGAGGGUUCCAAGAGCACGAGGGGGUCAAUCCCACCUUAUCAAAAACGCUGCCAGGCGCAGAACAGCGAUUGGCACUCGCCGAGAUUCGUAAGCGACAGGAAACAAAUUCCCGAGUGAAGCGCUCUACAACCUCUGCUGGGAAUGCCAAGAACAGAGUUCAGCAACGUAAUGCAGGCUUUCGUGAAACGCGAUCGAGUCUAACCAGUCGACUGUCUCCUCGAACGAUGGGGUCGGACACAUUCCUUAUACAGUGGUCACAGGACAACAAGACUACAUGGGAGCCGCGAAAGAAUAUUAGCGAGUUCCCUACUGACUGCUUUGGAAUGGACUUCAAGGGUUUUCGCUUUGGGAUUGAGAUGAUCCGCCAAUCAAAAGCCGGUCCUGAGAAGACAAGAAAGGGUAGCGUCAAAUCAGAACGAAGAUUCUCGGUACAUUGGAAGGGGCGCCCAAAGAGUGAGAAGUCCUUGGUCUACGAGAGCCAGAUUGACAAACGGCUCAUUGACAAGUAUGACAAGGGAGAGAUUGGUUUCGUGGACAGGACUCCCUGGAGCACUCAAUGGAUGCGGCUCGACUACUACGUCCCUGUCGACAACUGGACAUCCACUGGGACUGUAACCCACAAUACGCGCAAUGGGAACCGGGGCCUCGGGCACAACGGUGGCCGCGAGCUCGUCCUAUGGGCCGAAGCGAUCCGCCUUAUCUACACGAACGAGGCAAGCAUCCUUACGCGACGUGCUGGCCCCGUCCUCGACCUUACCUUCUCGAACUGCCCCUUCACCUUAGACAUUGUUGAUGGGGCGCGCAACCCCGGCACAGAUCGCAUAGCGCUGGAGAUCUCGUUCCCCAUCCCAGACUACGUUGCCUCGUCGGCAAGGGAAACACACCUUCUCGAGCCGCCUUAG